CAUUCGUCCAACUCCCUCCGGGUACUACACUUCUGACUUCUUUCGUCAUCACAUACAGGCUCCAUCCUCUACAUAUAUUCACCCUCGACCUUCAAACCAUCCACUCAUCCGUCAACCGGACACCACACCACUACACCAUGCAUAUCAAAACCCUCCUCCCAGCCCUCGCUAUCCUCGCUCCCCUCGCCCACGCCGUCGACAAAACCUCCAACCCCGACCUCAACGGCCGCCUCCUCCUCGCCUCGACCAACCUCGACCGCCACGCCCUCCUCAACACAGACGAGGCGUGGAUCCACGACUUCAACACGCAGAAGCCCACCGACGCCUUCAAGCCCGGGUCCGUCAAGAACGCCAAUGCCGCCACCUUCCCAGCUUUGACGGGCAUCGGUAUGACGCUGGCGCAGUUGAACUUGGGGCCCUGUGCUAUGCUGCCCCCGCAUCUGCAUCCGAGGGCUACGAACGUCGUCAUUGCCAUCACGGGCAAUACGACGACGUAUAUGUAUAAUGAGAAUGGGGUGAGGCCGGUGAUCACGGAGUUGAGCCCGGGCUUGAUGACGAUUUUCCCUAAGGGGAGUCUGCACACGAUGCAGAACAACGGCUGCGACAACGCCUACCUCGUCAGCGCCCUCGACUCGGACGACACGGGCACGCUCAACAUCCUGAACGGCCUGUGGAGCUUCGCGCCGGACAUGGUGCGCGCCGCGCUCGGCGACGCGAAUCUGGAUGUGCAGGACGUGGGGAAGCGCAUUCCGGAGGUGGGCACGGGGUCGAGCCUGGGCAGCGAGGAGUGCAAGAAGAGGUGCGGGUUGUGAGCUUUGCUGAGCUGGGACUGGGCUGGGGCUGAAACUCAGUUGAUCUGAUUGAAUAUUUUUCGGUUGUGCUUCUUUGCAUUUGCGUAGACGCUCGUUGUUGCUGCUGUUGGCGGGAGGGGAGAUGAGAUAUCGGAGGGUUGAGUCACUCACUAUUUGCUGAGGUUCUGCGUUGAGUUUCUUGCUGGCUUACGUUCUUCAUGCUUGUUGUUACGAUGUAGAACUAGGAAAGCAAAAGUAGGUGGCGGCGGCGG